UGUUCCAUGUAAUGCCGGCUAAAGUUAUGUAAGAUUGCACCGUGCAGCGUGUUACAAGGAAGAAUUAAAGAACCCUGUAAUUAUUUUGCAUGACGACCGCCGAUCCUUGCAAACAAAUUGCAUGUAAAUUGCAGAAAUGCUUAAACGACAAUGUGUUCCAGCCUUCCCGUUGUGCAGACGUACUUGAAGAAAUUAGAAAGUGUUGCUUAAAAAAUUCUGCUAACUCUACAGUUUGCGACGGCAUAAAUACCUCGAAACCAUACGAGCAUAAUACCGUAGAUUACCGAAAAGUUAUAAGAUAAGCGAUGCAAAACGAAGGGAGAAGAAGGAUAGUGCC